GUCACUUUUGGUGUGUGCCGCGUGUGCGACGCUGCCAAGCCACACCUCUGAAAGCUGUACAACGAAAAAAGAACAUCGCAACACGUGUCACUAUCCGUUGCAAUUUAAAAAGUGACAGUGUGAAAAUUGUUUACAUCCGUUCAAUAACAGGAACCACAAGAGUUUCAAACCAGAAAAUCACUGAAUUAUUCAAUGUCCGGCCACAGGUGGAUCCACUGCAACAUCUGCUACCACUUGCUAACGAAAAAGGAGCGUCGUUUCUUUCUGAUGAGCUGCCAGCAUACACUUUGCAAGGACUGCAUGGCGAAUUCGAAUCGCGGAACAUGCUGCCCGGUGUGCAAAAGGCAGGGUUUGCAGUUCGUGGAAAUCUGCAACACGAUGGACAAGAAGUUUAAAGCGCUGUUUGACCCGGAUGUACCGAAAACCAUCGAGCAGUCGUGCAAGAUCAUCAACUUUCAAACGAAGCAGAAGCAACAUUUGAUCGACUACCUGAAUUACAUGGACGAAAAAAUCCUGAAAGCCGAACAAAUGGAACAGAAAUUGAAAAAGAAAGUCUACGAAUUGCAGCAGCUGUACCAGAAGACGCGUAACUACCGACGGAACAAACAGGAAGCCCUCCGGCAACAGAUGAACCUGGAAGCGGCAGCCGCGGAGGCGGCAGCGGCAGCGGCUGCCGCUGAGGAAGGUGAGAGCCCUCCGUUGGGUGCGGAUCAUUCCAGCCACAGACGAAACCAGGAGUCAAAUUUCUUCGAAGACCACGCGAAAAGCUCCGGAAGCAAUGGCAGCCGGUUGUCGACGGAUAGCAGAGGACGCCGUGAUUCGUUCCUGAAUUUGAAGGGAUCUUCGUCGUCUAGUGAUUCGGUACGUUCAGUGGACUUUGGCACAACUCCGUCCAGUGGCGAUCGAUCAACGGGUCGAAUUAACGAAUCAUUCCAGCACCUGCGGCUCGAUAGUGAGUGAUUGUUAUCGAACAAUUUGAGCAACUUACCGUGAGUAAUUGUGUUACUCAAGAAUUGAUUUGUUUUUCUGUAGGUAUAAAACAUCAGUUUUUCGAACUAUUCUAAGUCUAACAAGAUCUUGAAAACUAAAUUUUAAUUGAUGAUGUUCAAUAGACCAAAAACAACACUUCUUAUAUAAAACGUGGUUUUUAAAGUAGGUGUAGGAAAGUGUUGUAGCUUGGUGACCAUUAGA